GUUUAAUAACAUCUAGCUUUACUAUUAAAAAAGUUGACAUCAACUCAACAGAUUACACGAAAUAUGGCUACGUCUUUCACGUAACAAUGACGCAGUGCAACCCCCUUUACAAGGAAAGCUACAUGGUAUCGUAACUGGAGCCCGUAUAGUUUUAUUGGAAGGAGCAGUGUAUGGGGAUGUAGUAGAAACUGAUUGGCAAUCAUUGUACCCAGUCGAAAUUAGGACCCAUAGCAGCACUCCAAUCAGCAAGAGCUUGAGGUGGAGCGUGAGCUUGGGGGCUAGUUGUACAGUGUAAUGGAGGUUCACUCAGUUAGUAGCCAUUGAAGUGAAUGCAGGUCAAAAGUAGUAAGAUUGUAACUCGUUGCUAGUAUUUUUCUUUGUUUUUAACAUUUUUUGUAAUCACUGAAAAUGGAGAUGGAAAAGAGAAUAAAGUUGGAACUAAGAAAUAAAGCUCCAGAAGAGGUUGUUGAAUUAGUGAUUGAUAACAGUCGUUCAAGCGAUGGAGAAGUUGAAGGACUUACUGAUGGUUUUAAGGAGCUUCAGUUUUUAAGUAUGGCCAAUGUGGGACUAAAAUCUUUGGCCAAACUUCCCACUUUGGGUAAACUUCGCAAGUUGGAACUGAAUGAAAAUGAUAUUUCUGGAGGCCUUGAAGUAUUGGUUCAGAAAUGUCCCAGCCUCACGUAUCUCAAUCUAAGUGGAAACAAGAUCAAAGACCUCAGCUCUGUUGAACCUCUUAAAAAUCUCAAGAAUUUAAAGGGCCUGGAGUUGUUUAACUGUGAAGUUGCAAACCUUUCAGAAUACAGGGAGAGCAUAUUUGAUCUACUUCCUCAAAUCACAUAUCUAGAUGGCUUUGAUCAAGAAGACAAUGAGAUGCCAGAUUCAGAACCAGAUGAAGAUGAGGAUGAUGAUGAAGAAGAGGAGGAAGAUGAAGAUGCAGACCCAUCUGGAGAAUAUGAAGAGGAGGGGUCAGAGGUAGGGGAAGAGGAGGAGGAGGAAGUCGGCCUGUCCUAUCUCAUGAAGGACGAUAUUCAGGAUGAAGAGGAUGAUGAAGAUUAUGUUGGUGAAGAGGAGGAAGAUGAAGAAGAGGAUGCCCGAGGAGAGAAAAGAAAGAGAGAACCAGAGGAUGCGGGAGAAGAGGAUGAUGAUGAUUGACCACCUUCUGGGAAAAAUGGGACCUAAAGUUAUAAUAAAUUGGCCAUAGUGAUCCCAUCGAUUAAUUUGUAGGUGUCCCAACAGUAAAUGUGUAACUUUAUGUAGAUAGGGUGUGAUUUUUAUUGCAGUUUACCAUUCCAACUGAGGUUUGUUUUAUUAGCUGCCAGACAAGAAUCCUUUUGACUGUCAAGGCACAGAAACUUGUAUGUGUUUCUUGUCACCUCUUCCCUUGCAUUAACAUUUACUCUUGUGUUACUGUCCAGCAAAGAGCUAUGUAAUUCAUUGUGCAAGAUGGUAUUUAAUAUAUAAUGUUCUGGUCCCAUAAGUGUAUUUGCUGAGUUUCAAAGAUUAACGCUGAUGGUUAACAUUUUUGUGGGGUUUUCUUCUCCUUUCAACUUUUCUUAUUUAUACAAUUGCAUGAAUAUCAGCUAGACUAUACCUCUGUUAUUGAGGUCACCGGUCUUUAUCUUUAGAGUAGAGGAAGCAUUGGUGUCUCAAAUUUAAUGGCCUUUAGAGUAAAUAGCAUAUUUUUCCUUUUUAUGCUAGAAGUGAGUACUGGAUAGGGAAAAAAAAAACUGAAAUGCAUGUGGGCAGUGUACUCAGUAAUACAUCUGUUUUGUUCUACUACUAUACAACUUUUAAGUUUUUAACCUCACUAAUUCCUAUUUAAUGGCUGUACUUGUUAAAAGCUAAAGCCAUUUUUAUGUGAUAUUGCCACACUUAUGUUGCAUAAAAUAUUUUCUCAUUAACUUGGUAUCGUUAUAUUUGAACGUACUGAGUUCUGUAUCUUUGGAGCCUUCAGAUGGUUUCAGUAAACCUGAGCAACAUCUGUCAAAAGCCAGUUUGUCUUAGAAACGAUGCAUAUAUACUUUAAAACUGCAUAAUUUAGUUUACCAAUUGAUAUGUUACUUGUAUCUUGAGGAGAUGCAGACUGUCAAAAGGAACUGUUCCACCUUUCAAAACCCAUUUCCUCUUAAUUGCUGGGAUUGGAAGUUGCCAGUGAUUAUUUUAAAGAAAUCAGUCCUAGUCAGUUUAGACAAGGGCUUCUGAAUUGCAUCAGUUUUCUUUUAAUGUAAGGGGCUGAGGGGGAAAGCUAUUUUCCGAUAAAGUGAAAUAACUUUUGUAGUGGCCAUUGGCCUACUUGAGUUUAGGCAAGCAGCAUUUUUCUGCUGCCAUACAUCACUUGGAGGUAAUGAGUUUUAAAGGGAGGAGCUUUAUGAUGUAGAUACGGAUGUUUUUUAUAUUUUGUAGAAAAAAAAUGUCCUAUUUUAUUGUUUGUAUGGCAGUAUGUAUAUAAUGUUUGUGUUCACUUUGAGGAUUUCAGUCCUAAAACGUAAAAGAAUUUGGGUAACUUUUUAAAAUAAAGCCAUGACGGAUAUUAAGAUGGAAAUUUGCAGCACUGUGUUCUGAAAAUGUUAAGCUACAGCAAUCAUAUUUGUGUACGUGCGUGUGUGUGUGUGUGUGUGUGUGUGUGUGUGUGUGUGUGUGUGUGUGUGUGUGUGUGUGUGUGUGUGUGUGUGUGAGAGCCCAGUAUGUGGAAUACUGUUAGUUUUUUUACAAACGCAUUUGGUUGAAAUAAAAUGUUCAUUUAAUAA